AAUAUUGCAUGACUAUCCACGUGAAAUAGUUUUCGAAAAGCUCCAGCUUCAGUUCGUUAAUGAUAUUAAAGCAGUUUCACAUCUUUUUUUUUUUCAUCCAAAAAUGUUCCAGAAAAAAAUGGCAGGGUUCAAAGUGACAAAAGACUACUUUGUUUUUAAAAAUAGUUGACGGGACGUGUUUCUAUGACGCUUGAAAGACAACAAAGCAGAAAGCUGUGCAUGGCUUGUCUUUGCACUAGUUUGAGAUAGCGAACAUUGACUUAAUGUUGGCCGUUAUAUGCUAGAACUAGAAGUCAUUUAAUGUAUUUGAUUCUGUCAAUGACAAAUACGCAAUAACUAGCAUAUUCAGAAAUGGCGUCAAAAUCCAAGACAGAUGAUGUCGAAGAUGGACACUUUGACAGCAUCAUGGUAGGAAUGAACAAUCUAAGAAAACAGGGCACUCUGUGUGAUGUGUGCUUGGUGGUUCAGCGCAAACAGUUUCCUGCCCACAGAAUAGUGCUGGCAGCUGCCAGCAAAUUCUUCAGGCUCAUGUUUACCACCAGUAUGUUGGAGUCCAAGUCCUAUGAGGUGGAACUCAGUAGUGUCGACCCCGAUAUCAUUGAACUGCUGUUAGAAUUUAUCUACACAUCUCAGGUUCCAGCGGAUAUUAAUAAAGUCCAGUCUCUGCUGGAUGUUGCCAAACAAUACCAGAUUACAUGUCUCAAGCAAGUGUGUGCGGAGGUCCUCAAAAAACGGACGGCUGCCAGAAAGCGCUCAGGUGAUGGAAAGGUUUAAGUUGAAUUUGUCUCCGGAGACCCUGAAGGCAUUGACCAUCCCAUGAUGGUCAUCUGUUCCUCUCAACGAGUCGGCGUUCGCUUCUUCCUCAAUUAGACAGUCGCCCCUCGUCAGUGAAGAGGUAGCAGCCAUCAGAGGACAAUCACCUCCACGUGUUGACAUGCCAGCUGUGUUUAUGCGCCCUAAAAUAUCCUGCUCAUCAUAUAAACAAGUCUGCUCAUCAUGGUUUCUUCAUUAAUAAAGAGUGACAAAAGUGAAGCUGAUGUCGACUUAUUGUUGAGGCUCAGAUAAUUGUCUAUUGUGAGCGAACUGUUGUGCUGAAUUUCCCCCAGGGAUCAAUAAAGUACU